AUGGGAAUCGUCAUUGUCGGUCCGUCUAAAUCAGGCAAAAGCUUAUUUGGAAAUAUGCUUGCUGGUACAUCGUUUUUUGAUGUACACCGAAACUAUGCAACUACAGAUUGUAAAUUUUGUUUUCGUGAUUUUCACGAUAAACGUUUAAUUAUCAUCGAUACCCCACCGGUACUUGUGGAUUACACGAAGAAAGAGAACUCUAAUGCCAUCCUGGAGCAAAUCAAAAAAUGUAAUGCAGUACUUGAAUCUAAUCUACGAUCAAUUUUAAUCGUUAUCUCCAGUGAAACAAAGGCCGAUGAAAUUGAUAUAAAUUUAUUUUUUCAGCAACUGUAUAAACAUUUUGGUGAAGAGACUGUUCAACGCAAAUCAAUAUUAAUCCUAACACAUUUAGAUUUAAUAGCUACAGAAGAUCAAAUGUCAAUGACUGAUCAUUUACAACGAAAUCAACAUUUAACAGAGUGGAUUCAAAGAUGUAACGGCAAUUAUUUCGAUGGGAGUAAACUACAAGCAGGUGUAGAUGUCGGGAAAAAAAGUGGUGAAAUCUGUAGUGAUAUUAUAGAAAAAAUACGUAUGCUGCGUACUUUUGACUGA